AUAUAAACGGAGCGUUUCAAGGGAGAGGCUUGAAUUUAUGGAUAAGAAGAUUCAUUUUUAGUGCCCAAAACAUACUCCCUUCCGCCAUGGCUGGUCUCGCCAGCAGUAGCACCUUCACAUUCAAACCCUUUCUCUCUAAACCCAAUCCCCCCUCCUUUCCUUAUCAUCACUCCACCCUCUUCACCCUCCGCCUCCGCUCUCCAACCUUCUUUCUCUCCACCUCCUCCUCCACCUCCACCGCCAUCUCCGCCCGCUAUGGCGGCGGCCGUCGUCCUCGCGACUAUAAUGAUGACGACGACGAUGAAGGCCUUGAUAUCUCUUCCAUCAGGUCAGACAAAGUCAGGCUUAUAGAUCAACAACAAAAUAUGGUUGGGAUAGUGUCAAAAAGUGAAGCUGUUCAAAAAGCUGAGGAUGCUGAACUUGAUUUGGUUAUUUUAUCUCCGGAAGCAGACCCUCCUGUUGUUAGAAUAAUGGAUUACAAUAAAUACAGAUACGAACUGCAAAAGAAGAAAAAAGACCAGCAGAAGAAAAGUGCCGCCAGCCGCAUGGAUCUGAAGGAAUUGAAAAUGGGUUACAACAUUGAUGUGCAUGAUUAUUCUGUGCGACUAAAAGCUGCUCAGAAGUUUCUAAAAGAGGGUGAUAAGGUGAAAGUUAUUGUGAAUUUAAAGGGCCGUGAGAAUGAGUUCAGAAGUAAGGCUGUUGAGCUACUCAAGCAAUUUCAAAAUGACGUUGGAGAGGCCGCUACUCUGGAGAGCAAGAAUUUCCAUGACCGGAACAUGUUUAUAGUUCUGGUUCCGAAUAAAGCUAUUGCACAGAAAGCUCAGGAACAGCCGAAGAAAAAGGAGAAAUCAGCAACGGAAGUCUCUGCUGGUGUUUGAUUAUCAAUAAUCGUAAGAACUUGAACCCUAAGACUUCACCAGGAUCUCAUUAUCAUGUAUAAAAUUAAUGUUGUACAAUACAAUUGUUAUGUAUAUUUGUGGCAUGCAGCUGUUGGCCUUUAAUUUUGUAGUAACAUUUUGGUAGGAUGAAACAAAUUAUUUAAUUAUACUUGAAGAGGCUAAUACUUGUUUUGCAACAUUUUGCACUGGCAAAUUUGAGGUUAUGAUUAUGAAUUUGUAAUUGUGGUA